UCUGUUCAUAUCUACCACCUUAGGAAUAUAAAGGGCAACUGAUGAGGCCCCGCCUCAGAGCACCCCAAACUUGACACCAUGAGGAUCCCAGUCCUUCCCGCUGUGACUCUUCUCUCUCUGCUGGUGCUCCACUCUGCUCAAGGGGCAGCCCUGGAGAAGCGUGAGGAAGAAACUACCAUUGGUAACUACGCACUGGGAUCAGAGGCCUUUAAGAACCAGUUGCUGAAUAUUGGCAGAUGGAAAGAGGGUUUCAAACCUGAAGAAUUCAUAAACUGGCAUGCCCUCACAGAUUUCAUCAAAAAGUCGCUUCCUUUCUUGAACUGGGAUGCCUUUCCUAAGGUGAAAGGAAUGAGGAGUGCAGAGCCUGAUGCCCAGUGACCAUUUCCUUCAAGACCCAGGACUGCUGACCAUCACUGGAAGAGCCUCUCUGAAAAAUAUGAUUCCUCUCCCACAGUAACUAUUUCCUGGUUCAACACACUAAUAAAAUGCUUUCCAACCAAA